AUGACAGAUUUCAGUGAUAAUUGUCUAUCUGGCUUGAGUGACGAAGAAGUUAGUCUUAAUCUAAAGAAGCGCUUGUCAAAUCAUAACAGUAUAGGAAAGAAUAUGAGCUCGUUUAACAGGAUAUCUGGUAACCAUAAGCAAGGCGGUGCUCUUCAGCAGUUAUCAAGUCUUCUUGGGCAAACUAUGAGACUAGAAAAUGUGGCUGACUUGAAAGGUGGCCUCCCAACAAUACCAAUAAAUGAUCUUCGUGGUGAAGAAGCUGCUGCUUAUCCGCGGGAGGAUUGUGUGUUGAGACGUAGUUUGGCUGCUCUAUAUCGUUUGAUUGAUAUGAGAGGAUGGACGCAUUCAAUUUAUAACCAUAUAUCUGCAAGGUGCACUACAAAUCCCAAUCAUUUCUUAAUUAACCCUUUUGGGUUACUCUAUCAUGAAAUUCAAGCCUCUAGUUUAGUAAAAAUAGAUGCAAACGGUAAUAUAGUUGAUCAAGGUAGCUCAGUGUUAGGUGUAAAUAAGGCUGGUUGGACUCUUCAUUCUGCACUACACUCAGCUCGUAAAGAUAUUAAUUGCAUUAUUCACGUUCAUUUGGCUGAUGUAAUAGCGGUUUCGUGUCUUCGCGCAGGACUCAUGCCUGUCAGUCCUGAAGCCAUUGAACUAGUGUCAAAUCAUGGAGUUCGCUAUCAUGAGUAUCGAGGUAUUCUGGUAGAUGAGGCAGAACGUUCUAGCAUUGUGAAAGAUCUAGGCUCUAAAGCAAAGGUGCUGUUUUUACGAAAUCAUGGUGUGGCAGUUACUGCUUCUAGUAUUCCCGAAGCAUGGUAUCUCGUUAAACGAGUAAUAGCUGCUUGUCAGACCCAAAUGCGAUUGAUGCAACUAGGGAAUAUGACAAAUUUAUUAUCUGAUUUAAAGGAUAGUGCUGUGCAGCUGACAGACGGUCAAGUUGACCAGUCAGAAGAAAUAGGAUCAAAUGUCAUAGACCAAAAUAAAAAUGGUCAUACAUCAGUGAAUGGUAAAGCUGGUAGUGAUAAUGGAGAUAUUUCAUGGACACCAGCAGAAUUGGAAUUUGAGGCUGAAAUGCGUGUUCUGGAUAGUGCUGGUUUCAGAACUGGUCAUGUUUAUCGUCAGCCUAAUUUACUGAGACGCACACAUCCUGGUUCAUCGUGGCCAGGAGAUACAUAUGGUGACCAAAUAACAGGGGCUGAUUUACUGACAACGGACUUUUCCACUAAUGAGUUCAGUGGAGUUGAAGAUUUAGCUGCAGCUGAAGCAGCGGGCGCUGAACAAGUGUCUAGAAUUGUUGAUCAUGUCCGUGCCAGUCGCCAAAAAAAUGCACAACGAAAUCAGUGGUUAGCAAAAGCUAAUGAACCACCACAAAACGGUAUGGUAACCAGCUCUAUGAUCGAUUCGCCCCGGAAAUUGUCCGGAACUAAAGGUUCAGGUGACUAUCGUUCUGAUCCGUUUACUUUGGAUUCUCCUGUCUGUUCACCUGUUAGACGAUCUGAACCUGGAAGCGCAUCAUCUCGUGUAGGAAGGGAUUCCUAUUCUCCUGUUAUACGAAGUCCACAUGAUGUUUCUGACUAUUCAAUCCAUAACGGUUCAGUCUCGAUCUCAGUAGACACCACGGCACCCAAUAGUUUAACACCGAACAAACGAUUUAAUGAUUCCUGUGUAAAUAAGAGUGCAACACUACCUGCCAAUGUACAGCAUUUGUCUGUAAUAUCGAACUCAAAUACCCUUCAGUCGGUUGAUGGUGAUCUUUUGAAUAAUAAUGUUGAGGGAAGUAAAACGCUUGAGAAAAAGAUCAAAAAGAAAGGAAGCUUCCGAAUGCCAUCAUUUUCCAGAAAGAAGAAACACUAG